AUGAGCAAUUUGACAGCGAGCUGCUUGGCCAACGCAACAAUUUGUGAAGGUGCAUCCUGUGUGGCACCUGAGAGCAAUUUCAAUGCCAUCCUCAGCGUGGUUCUGAGUACCGUGCUGACCAUCCUUCUGGCUCUGGUCAUGUUCUCCAUGGGUUGCAAUGUGGAAAUCAAGAAAUUCCUGGGGCACAUAAAGCGGCCAUGGGGCAUCUUCAUCGGCUUCCUCUGCCAGUUUGGGAUCAUGCCCCUCACGGGAUUUGUCCUAGCGGUGGCCUUUGGCAUCAUGCCCAUCCAGGCCGUGGUGGUGCUCAUCAUGGGAUGCUGCCCUGGAGGAACGGCCUCCAACAUCCUGGCCUAUUGGGUCGAUGGAGACAUGGACUUGAGCGUCAGCAUGACCACCUGCUCCACAUUGCUUGCCCUCGGAAUGAUGCCGCUAUGCCUUUAUGUCUACACCAAAAUGUGGGUGGACUCUGGGACCAUUAUAAUUCCUUAUGAUAACAUAGGUACUUCCUUGGUCGCUCUUGUUGUUCCUGUUUCCAUUGGAAUGUUUGUUAAUCACAAGUGGCCCCAAAAGGCAAAGAUCAUACUUAAAGUUGGAUCCAUUGCAGGUGCAAUCCUUAUUGUGCUCAUAGCUGUGGUAGGAGGAAUAUUGUACCAAAGUGCCUGGAUCAUCGAACCCAAGCUGUGGAUUAUAGGGACGAUAUUUCCCAUGGCUGGUUACUCCCUGGGCUUUUUUUUGGCUAGAAUAGCUGGUCAGCCAUGGUACAGGUGCCGAACAGUUGCUUUGGAAACAGGGAUGCAGAACACACAGCUGUGCUCGACAAUCGUGCAGCUCUCCUUCAGCCCCGAGGAUCUUACUUAUGUGUUCACCUUCCCGCUCAUUUACAGCAUCUUCCAGAUCGCCUUCGCAGCAAUCUUCUUAGGAAUAUAUGUCGCAUAUAGGAAAUGUUAUGGGAAAAAUGAUGCAGAAUUUCCAGACAUCAAAGACACCAAAACAGAGCCGGAGUCAUCGUUUCAUCAGAUGAAUGGAGGAUUUCAACCAGAGUGA